UCGUUCCCGUCUCGCGGUUCUUGCUGCACCAGUACCGUUGGCUUGAGCCUGUUUCCAUCCCUAGUGUAGGAAUUAGAUUAUUACUGGAAAGAAAAAAAACGACAUACGAGUGUUUUGGUUUUCUGACUCACAUGGAGCCUAUGUUGCUCCCUUCCUGGACGUCAUCGCCAUGUCCGAGGUGUCGGGGGUAUUCGGACAGCUUUGGCUGCUGAUUUUCUGCGCCUUGUCAUCGUUUUGGGUGGGUGUCGGAGCUUCUGGUUCACUUAAUAUAACGAGAAUGAAAGAGCAGAACAGCUACCAGCGCCAUCACAAUCAGCAGCAGCAAGGCUUAGUGGCAUCGAUAGUUGCAGCAUCAAAGUUCAUAUUAAAAGUUCAAGUCAAUGAUGUUGUCAGCCGCCAUUGCCUUCGCCAAGCAGUUGUAGAGGUGUUCGUGAACUAUACAAAGACAACCUCAGCUCUUACUAAAGAUGAUGGGACAGUUUUGCUGGAAAUACCAUAUAAAGCUGGACUUACUUUAACUAUAAUGUCCUACAAGGACGGUUAUGUUGUAGCGACUGUGCCAUGGAAAACGGGCAGAAUGCCAAUAUUCUCUUCAGUGACCAUUUCCCUGUUCCCACAGAGCCAGGCAAAUAUUUGGCUUUAUGAGGAUACAGUGUUAAUCUCUGGAAAACUAACUGGUGCUAAAUCACAACCAAGUGUUCAGUUUAUCAAAUCUCUGCUAAAACCUCCUGGUAACAACAUCACAAAUGUAAUUGCCUACAUGACAAUGCCCCAAAUGUAUACAGAAGUCGACAGUCUUCUCUCCACAAUGGGAAUUCUCAUCAACAAGUCAGGUUUUAAGAGCAUUGACCUGAUACCUCUAGCAGCAGUGAGUGUGAACCUGUUUUCCAGUGGGAGUGAAUUAAAAGUGACUGGACCAGUUCAUAUCACGUUACCUUUACCCCCUUCGAGUUCUGUGAGCCCUGCUGAUGCUGUACCUGCUUGGACACUUGAUAGAAAAAUGGGUGCUUGGGUCAGUCGCGGUCUGGGAAUGGUUAAAAAGGAAGGCAAUCUUCUUGUUUGGAAUUAUGUCGCUCCACAUCUGGGUUACUGGAUUGCAGCACCUUUACCUGGAACUGGAAGUUUUGUUGGCCGCGUUAUGUCUAAAGAUCUCACAGCCUACCAUACAGUACUGCUCUUGGCAAUAUUAGGGGGUACAGUGCUGAUUAUCUUUGGAGUUUUCUCUGUCCUUUUUUGCUACUGCAGAGUUUGUCACUCCCAGAAGACAGAAAAAAGGCUUAAUAAAUUUGAAGCAAUUAGACGAGACCAGACUACCUCUACUUCUCAUAUAAAUCGGAUAACUUCUCUGAAAAGUACAAUAAAAAAGGAGGAUAAGCCAAGCUUUUGUCGAUCUGUGCUGUCUUCCUGUAGUCCACAGAGAAAGAAUUCUAAUAAGGAAGAUGUAGAAGGGAAAAUGUCUACAGCAAAACAAGGUGAUACUUUUACUGUAUGUGUUGAAGAUCCAGUAUUUAAAGAAGGGCAGAAUGACAAUCUCAGAAAUUCAUCUCCCCACACCACAGAGUAUGGAGAAGGGCAGAAGCUUUCCCAGCAAUCAAGACAUGCUCACAACAUAGUGUCAAUGGACAGAUCUCAACAAAACAGUGAACAGCUUAAGUCCCAUGAAGAAAUCUUUGGACUUCCUCAGAUUCCAGAGCGGCAUCUGCAUAUUUACAAUCAGCCCAUAGCUAUCCUGCAAACAGCUGAUGUUUUUCAUUCACCAGAGCAAAUUGUAAUGUGUAAGUCAGCUACUUUACCUAAAAAAGGACAGAUGAUUUAUGCCCCCUUGACGGAAUCUGCAGUCCAAAGUAGUUAUGUGCAGACAUUGCCCAAAAUGCCACUUCAUGCUCAUCUGAUGCCACAGACAUGCAGAGAGCCGCAGCCUCAUGAAGACCAACAAAACAUGACUUCCCAGUCAUCCAGCUGGAACAGGUAUAGUAGUAGCUUGCUAGAGUCUGUCUCAGUUCCUGGGACACUAAAUGAAGCUGCUGGAAUGACACCAUUUUCAAGUGAUCUCCAAGGCAUUUCAGAGCAGACACUCUUAGAGCUUUCUAAGGUAAAGCCUUCCCCACACCCAAGAGCAUGGUUUGUUUCACUGGAUGGAAAACCUGCAGCUCAUGUCAGACAUUCAUACAUAGAUCUUCAGAAGGGUAGAAAACCAAACAGCAAUGACACCAGCCUCGACUCUGGAGUAGACAUGAAUGAACCACAUUCAGGUAAAAAGCUUGAAAGAGAGAAGACUUUUAUUAAGAGUAUGCCCCAUUCAAAGGCCCUGUAUUCAGAAGAUUUAGACCUGAGCAGCAGUGAAAGUGGUACUACUGCUUGUUCCCCUGAAGAUCCAGCCUUAAGGCACAUAUUAGAUGGUGUAAAUGAGCAGUUCAUAGAAUCACAUCAGAGUGGAGAAGAUCUGAGUAAGAAAAGCACAAAGGAAGGGCACGUGGUCAGUGCGUCUUCAAGCCCAAAAAAGACAAGAGCCAAUAAAAAAGGAGAGAAAAAAGUUACUUCUCAAAAGAGAGAGGAACGGCCUCUGGUUUCUCAAAACUGAAUCAACAUUAUUUUCUUGGAAAUUUUUCUGGGUGCAAGGGCACAGUUAAACUGAGCUCUGCUAUGCAGUUAUAGGCUAUAAGAACUCAUUGAGUGUUAAUCUAGAAUAAAAUUCUAAUAAGCCAUUGUUGUUACUCUAAAGCCCGUAUGUGAUUUAAAAUGACAUGCGUCAUAGCCAGACUACACAGCUCUAGAAUACUAAUUUAAAUACACUAUAUUCUGCAGUUCUUUGAUUAUUUACUCAAAAGCAGUUUUCUGCAUGCCCUGUUUUGCUACUUUUGAAAUGUGUAUUUUGCAGCAGUACAAAGCACCAUUCCUUGUUUAGGAAUAUGUAUGGGUGAUGGUGAGAAUCUAUUACACAUGCACAUACUCACAUACACACAUGCACACACACACACACACACACACACACACACACACACACACA